AUGUAAACUGUUUGCCUGAACACAAUCAAGGGAAGCCAGCUGGUGGAUUGCAAGCACAAUGACCCGGUUCAAAAAGCGGGCAAGGAGAGAUCUGCAUUCAAACAGUAAAAAACCAGCAGAAGGAUCAGAUUCACAACAAUAUGACUCGAACUUAGAUACACCCGGUGUGAUCAAAACCCCAACAACACAAGCACAUGUGUACCAGUUGAGGCAAAGAAGGGGUACGCAGCAAGGCACACCAGUUGUAACUCAAGCAAACCAGCCCAAGGUAGUUCCAUCUGUUACCAUCAAAAUCCCAGAAAAGUCUAGAGCAAGAGGAGCAACACAAACUCAGUAUGAACUUAGAGCAAGAUCAGAAAAACAGUUAGGAACAAACAUCGAAGAAGAAGGAUUGAUAAGCCGGUCACAACCGGUGAAAAAAAGGUCAAGAAAUGUGGUUGAAAAAGAGAGCACACAACAACGAGUAAGCUUGAAUAGGUCCAACUUGCAGGGUAUGAUUAGAUUGAUUGGAGAUACUGAAUUCAGUCCCAAACAUAUAGCUUGCUUCAAAAGAACACCUUUUUGGUUAUUAAUUGAAGCAAUUGUGAGCAAGAAGUUGGUAAGUAAUCAUUGCAGAAAGUUUGAUGAAGUUGUUGUGAAGGUUAUAAAGUCCUAUGAUGAACGUACAAAGAGUUUUCGAUUGGGUGACAAGAAAGUGAAGCUUAAGGAUAAUCAUGUGAAGUUGAUUUUGGGAAUAUGCUGUGGAAAUGAAGAGAUGGUAGAAACAAACAUCAGCAAAGGAGACACUGCAUUAGCUAAGAGGUUGUGCAUCAAAGAACCAAGGUUAACAACUACAACAAUGAAGGAAAAGAUAAAAGAACUAAAGAGUAGCAACAAGCCAGAAGAUAUUGAAGACGUUGUCAGAUUGUUCUGUCUUUUCCUUUGUUGCACAUUGCUCUUUUCGACAAGUGGAACAACGGUGAAUUGGUCGUUUGUUUAUUACAUGGAAGACCUAGCAAAGGUAAAACAAUACAGUUGGGCUGGAGCUAUUACGGAUUAUUUGAUGAAGUCCAUUCAUAAAAAUCAUAAGGAGGUCAAUGAAUUGCAUGGAUGUUCUUUGCUUUUAAUGUUUUGGCUUUGUGAGCAGACUAAAGUUCUACAACAAAUGAAUGCAAAUGCAGUUCCAAGAUUACUUAAAUGGAACAUUUCAGAGCUUCGGGAUGUACUUAGGGAUUUUGAUCAAUUGAACCAACUUCCGGCUGAUCAAGUAAGUGAUACCAAGUUACAAGAAACAGAUAAAGAACAAAAGAUCUUCAGCGAUCUUGGAAGUGAACAAGAAUGUGGAGAAAUAGAACCUCUUGAACUGGAGGUUGAAAAAGUAAGAAUGAGUGUUAAUGGUGAAUCUCCUCAACAAGCUAAAGGUUCUACAGAAGCAAGGGUUGAAAAAGGGGCAGAUGAAGGAAAUGGACAAGGGUUAGAUGAUUUUAACACUCCCUCCAACCCGUCAUUGGAAGUUGAUUCACCAAGGUACAAGUCCACUAUGGUGCAUGACAGCAUUGGCCUUGAAUCAUGAAAAGAAGCAAGGGUUGAAAAAGGGGCAGCACAACUCAAACAAGAUGUCACAUCAGAAAUUGGACAAGGGCUAGAUGAUUUUAACACUCCCUCCAACCCUUCAUUGGAAGUUGAUUCGCCAAGGUACAAGUCCACUAUGGUGCAUGACAGCAUUGGCCUUGAAUCACGAGAGGAUCAUUUGUCACGAACAGAUUCUGGUUCAACAUUAGUUCCAAAUACCUAUAAUGAGAUAUCGUUGGAUAAUAUUUGUGGAACAAUAUUGCACCAAUCAAAAAAGGAUGCAAUUGCAGUUAUUGAUGAACUGAACAAAAGGAUUGAAAUCUUGGAGAAGGAAAAGAAGAGCAUGGAGAAUGAAAUCUUGGAACUUCAUGAAGAAAAGCAAAAAACUCUUCAACAUCAAAUGGAGGAAAUUGAAAUUCUGAAGCGGGAACUUGAAGAGAAGGAUUUAUACAUCUCCAAAUUAUGCAAGAAAAAUGAAGCCCUUGAAAAACUCUACAAGCAGUAUGAGGAACAAGUUCAACAUUAUGAAACACAUAAGUUAACACAAAGAUAUAAUGUUGAAACGGAAAGACAAGUGCAUCAAGUGACACAGAAGGCCACAUUUGACACUAUAAAGGAACUGCGGGAAGAGAGAGAUCAGUUGGAGGGGGAAUUGAUAAACAUUAAAGUUCAUGAAGUGACACAACAAGUAAGGGCUGAAAAAGUGCUUCAAAUUUCAAAGAAGAAAAGUCCACCGUCAAAGUUUAAGAGA